GGGGGCUGGUCCUUCGUGCGCCUGUGUGCGUGCAGAGCUGCAGCCAGCAAAGCCACAGCCAGUCGUAGUAACUCGGAGUUGAGGUGGCAGUCAGGAUCCACAUCGACUCGGACUGACCUGCGCGUCACCACAGUGUGAACAUGAAUUUUGGAAGCGGCUGCGCGCAAUCCGGAAUCUAGUCUCUGAUGUUUUUCUUUUCUUUUCUUUUCUUUUUUUUUUGGAACCACAGAGGAUCUGAGAAGUAUUUUAUGAAAUGUCUUGAGUAAGGAUUUAGUCCCUGUCAGCUCACACGUGCGCAUUCAGAAGCAAGCAGUGUCUUCGCUUUUUUUUUUUUUUUUUUCCCCAAGACCCAGCAGACCCGUGCGCGGUGUUUGAGCGUGUCCUUUGUCUUUCUGUCCUCACAGGGGUUAAUCACUAAGUUUCUCGUGGCCCUUUUGGGACGUGGCUGGUGUGGAACAGCAACAAAGAACGAGCGCGCGCAUACAUGGGACGCGUCUUUGACAGCUCCUCGUUUCUUCUCCUAUAACUUUACGCACUGAUCCUGAUUGGAGCUGGGAGACAUGGCCGAGGCUUUGCUCCCAGACCCACUCCCGGACUUGGACGUGGCCAUCGAUCCGGACUUCGAGCCCCAAAAACGACCCCGAUCGUGCACCUGGCCGCUGCCACGACCGGAGUCGGAUGCGGACAAACCGGAGAGCAAUGACACGGACAUUAUUCCCGAAGAAGAGGACGAUGAGGAGGACGGUGCCACUCCGACGGCCUCCGGGGUCUCUGGUUUGAGGGAGGACCGGAGCAGCGGCAGCCCCGCGGGCGAUGGCUCGCUCUCCUCUCCCGGCCAGGAGAGCGGAGGCUCACCGCUCUCCGCGCACUCCCCGACAGCCGCCUCUGGCUCGUUGACACCCAACAGUGUGGGGUCCCAGCAGACCCCGAGGAAGACAUCAUCUCGUCGGAACCCCUGGGGCAACCUCUCUUACGCCGAUCUGAUCACCAAAGCCAUAGAGAGCUCGCAGGACAAGAGGCUGACCCUCUCUCAAAUUUAUGACUGGAUAGUGAGGUCCAUCGCUUACUUCAAAGACAAAGGAGACAGCAACAGCUCUGCAGGAUGGAAGGUGAGUCUAACCCCUGAUUCCCCCCCCCCCCACCCCAAAAAACCCCUAAUGAAAACCCACUCGGCACCCCUCCUUCCUCCAUCAAAACAAAAACAUGUGGCUUCCAAACCUGUGACGCACACACAGACGCAUGCCCACGCGUAAAAGUGCCUUAAAAUGCCACAGUACCUUAUAAUUAUUCAAGUAACUAUUAAAUAACAAUGACACGACACCAAAACUGAAGAAUAAAUCAAACACUAGGUGUGCAUCCAAUCCUUUUAGGUCAUAUAAUCCGAUUACAUUUGGCACAUUUCCACCAAACAUGAUGAAGUUGCCAACUUUUCCACUAACUACUACUGUUCAUGUAUUUAUUUGUUGAAAACAUGAAGUAUGUGAUGACUUGCAUGCACAGUAUUCCACAAAGACAGACACACAAUCUGUCACAUGGCACAAGCGUAACCAGUUUGUCUGGAAACACAGCAUCAGGCUAUUUUUAAGUGAGACAAUCCACAUGCAAGAACCUCAGAGAAGGCUGCAGAGCAGAAGGCUUUAAUAACCGUGCACCGUCUCUGUGGAAAUCACAGAGAAAAUCCUGUCUUUUUUAUACAUCAUCUCGAUGAAAAGCGCAUGCAAACACACUGUCAUGACAUCGUGGUUCAUAAUUUCAUGGUGGUCAUGUUAAGAAGUCGUCUUUCUUCCAUUUUUGCUUGCUGCGUGAGUCCUGGGAGAGCUGUGCGCGUCUGUUGGGUCAGUAGACUCCUGCCAAAGUUUGAUCCUCCCAUCUGUGAAUUACGCAACAACUGGGAAGCUUAAUGUGAGUGAACACUGACGCUUGGUUUAAAGGGGUCAAUCAUGUGUUUAUGUUCUUCUACAGUUAAAUAUACUUGAGGUUUCAUCCUUUGCCACAUGCUUCAAGCACCGUGUGGCCAUUGUUUCACAAAAAUCCAAAUAACUCAGAAAUACGUUAAAAUAUUAAUUAUAAAUGACCUAAUCGGCUGUUUCUGAACCCAAAUCCUAUCUCACCACCCACACAGUGGUGCACUCUAGUAGUCUCUCCUCACUGUUCCACCAACACCCAGUUCCCAGGAGUUUGCGUCUUCCUCCCCAUGUCUGUGUGGGUUUCCUCCCAGCAUCAAAACAUGCAUAUUCAGCCGAGACAACAG